AUGUGCAAAACACUGGACAUCCUAUUCAUACCAAUCCCCGGCACCGGACACGUGAACGCCUGCAUAGGCUUAGCGGAGGUACUCAUCCAAGCGGGACAUACCGUCUCCUUUGUCAUCAAUUAUCUAUGGGAGGGUCGGCUCACAAAGUAUGGCAUCAAAGAGCUAUUACUGACAGAUGAGGACCCAACUAAGGAGCCUGAUAUGACACCGUUGGAAAGGGUGAAAAAAUUUGGUAAUGGGUUCAUAAAAAGGCUCGAGAUGUUUACCAAGUUUGAAAAUGACAUUUCUAAAUUGUUGGCUACUAUACCCAAACCUGAUGUAAUUGUGAUGGAUCAUUUUGCUACCAUACCAUGUGUCGAGUUGUCGGGCUGUCCACCGCUUCAGGAAAAUAAAUUCAUGUAUACCCAUAAAUAUCUCAAUAUCUAUGGCUAUCCCCUUGAGUUAGAUUACUUAGACAUGAGACCACUGCCCAGAAAUGUCAUCCGAUUUGAUAAUCUGAAGCGAACUGAAAGGGAGUUAUCGUUUGAGAUACCGGUGCCGUUGAGGGAUAGACCGGGAAAACUUAUAUACUUUUCAAUGGGAUCUAUGGGUGGAGUGGAUGUGAAAAACAUGAAGCGAUUGAUUGAUCUUAUGUCGAAAUCUAAGCACAGAUUCAUUGUAUCGAAAGGACCCAAACAUAGUGAGUAUGAGUUGCCGGAUAACAUGUGGGGUCAACAGUCUGUCCCUCAGCUCCAUAUCCUACCGUUAGUUGAUUUAGUUAUAACCCAUGGAGGGAACAACACUAUCACCGAAACAUUUUACUUCGGGAAACCUAUGAUAGUGUUACCCCUAUUUGCUGAUCAAUUGGAUAACGCACAGAGAGUGGAGGACAAGGGGUUUGGGAAACGACUCAAUGCUUACAAAUGCAGCUUAGCGGAGGUACUCAUCCAAGCGGGACAUACCGUAUCCUUUGCCACCAAUGAUCAAUGGGAGGGUCGCCUCACAAAGUAUGGCAUCAAAGAGUUAUUAUUCACAGACCCGGAUCGCCCCAAAAAUAUAGACCCGGAGGCACAUUUUGGAGAGAUGCUAAUUAAGCAGGGUACUAUUGGCACCGAUAUGACACCAUUGGAAAAGCUUAGAAAAAUCAAGGUAGGGUCGUUUAGAAACACCGAGAUGUUCAUCCAGGCCGAUAAAGAUAUAACUGAAUUGUUGGCUACUAUACCCAAACCCGAUGUAAUUGUGAUGGAUCAUUUUGGUGCCAUACCAUAUGUGGAGCUAUCGGGUAUACCUAUUGUGUGGGUGUGUAGUAACAAUCCACUAUUUUUGGGUGAUGAUAAUAGAUUGCCACCUAGUACAUCUGGUUUGUCGGCUUAUGCGGAUCGUUGUAAGUGGAAAGCCUACAGAGAUGCUAAACAAGACGCUACCGAUCCACAGAUUUGGAUUAAAUACAAUGAGUAUAUGAUUUCAAAAGGUUGUCCACCACUUCACGAAAAUAAAUUUUACUAUCACCAUAAAUACCUGUUUAUAUACGGCUAUCCACUUGAGUUAGACUACAUAGACAUGAGACCACUGCCCAGGAAUGUCAUCAGAUUUGAUAAUCUAAAGCGAACUGAAAAGCAUUUAACGUUUGAUAUACCGGUGCAGUUGAGGGACAGACCGGGAAAACUUAUAUACUUUUCUAUGGGAUCUAUGGGUGGAGUGGAUGUGAAAAACAUGAAGCGAUUGAUUGAUAUUAUGUCGAAAUCUAAACACAAAUUCAUUGUAUCGAAAGGACCCAAACAUUCGGAGUAUGAGUUGCCGAACAACAUGUGGGGCGCGGCUACUGUUCCCCAAAUACAAGUCCUACCAUUAGUUGACUUAGUUAUCACCCAUGGAGGGAACAACACCAUUACUGAAACCUUUUAUUUC